UAAGAAUUAAGGACUAAUACGUAAAUAUGAUAACUUCGCCGCCGAAUAUCCAGAUGAAACGUCGUCGUUCAAUUUGACGCUUCUGCCCGUGAAAGGCUAUUUGGCGGGAAAAUGAGAAAAAAGAAAAGAACAAAAUAUAUUCAUAACACUCUGUGAAAACCCUUUCACCGGAGCUUUGUGAAAUUGAACGAAAUGGAAGGCAGCGGUAGCGAAGCCGUGUUUGAGUCGCUGAAUCUGAAUCCGCAGCUAUUCAUCAACGAAGCUCUGAAUUCCGUCGACGAUUUAGUGGAGGAAGCCUUCACUUUCUUCACCCAGUAAAUGCUCCAUUUCCCCUUUCUUUACGUUUUUCCGUAGUUGAGAUUUCCCAGUUUUCGAUUUUCCACUUUCUGCUGUGUUUUCUCUAGGCAAGCAUCGGAAAUUUUGAAAAGUGACGGUACGGAUCGGUCCGAAGAGCUCACCAAGGGAGUGGCGUAUACCCGGUAUAUGAUUCAGUCGAAUUUGGACAAAAGGAUGUCUAUGUGGGAGAAGUAUUGUCUCAGCCAUUGUUUUGCUGUUCCGGAAGGAUUCGUAUUGCCUAAAGCUGACGAGGCAUCUUCUUCUGGUGCUUCUUUGGACCUUGAUGCUCUUGGAGACUCAGAAUUGGAUAUGCAGCUAGACUCAUUGCGAGAAAAACUUACUCAGGUUGGACAGGAGUGUGCUUUACUUAAUAGAGAAAUCCAGAAAGUAGAGAAGGAAUCUGCAUUAGUCACUCACUCUGCUGCUUCUAUAGAUGAUGCUUUACAACUCUAUGAAAAACAUUCAUCGCAGGAGAUGUUCCGAGAGUUGAUAGAAGUGGCAUCAGAAUUUCGCAUGAAGACAGAGAAGCUGAAAACCCCAGAAUCCAGUAGGAUGGAGAAAAUUGAACUCAUUCUGGCCGAGAGGACAAACAUGCAGAACGGUGAGCUGUUGCAAGCUAACAUUGGCAUUCCUAACACGAAACUGGAAGAACUCCAAGGACUGUUGGAUGUCAUGCAAACAUAGGGAGACAUGGUUGUAGCUUCAACAAGAUGUUUGUAGGUCAAUUACCAUUGUUACUAAGUGGCAGUUGUAAGGUUUGCUUCAGGUUCUGUUUAGCUUUUAUGUCAUUUAAUAGAUGUACCAGCUUCAGUGGCAUUACAAUCAAGAAGAGAUUUAGUAGUUAUACUUGUAUUUGCAAUUGUACUGCUGCUUAUAUUCUAGGUAUUCUUGCUUCUGCCUUGUUAAAAAUCUCUGACGUAAUGGAAGCCACAUUCUUAAAUGAGAUCCGCUGU